GCCUUCUGUGAGCUAUCCAGGCGCUUCGUCCCCGCUGGCCACAGCGGGAUGGGCCUGAGCCCGCCGGCAGCCAGCGGGGAUAACGGGAUCCGCUUUUUCAGGGUCCCAUGGCUGCGACCCAAGCCCAUCUCGAGAACCACCAGUACCGGGUCAAGUUACACCCAACCUACAACUGGACUGUCAACUCUGCCCCACUCAGAGUCCGCGAGGUCCCAAGCACUGCUGGUCCAGUUCCUGCCGAAGCAGUUCAAGCAAGGACACCGGUUAGAACAGGGUGGAACCUUGCAGCGGGGAGAGAAGCCGGUAAUUAAGGUGGAGAUCACACCCAGCACGAAGAGAACAGAGCUGAUUUCAACAUCUACGUCAGAGAUCAAAGGCAAACUAAAAUAUCAAGCAGCUGAGGGCAAAGCAAGACCCCGACCUGGAGACCUGAUUGAGAUUUUCCGAAUUGGCUAUGAACACUGGGCCAUCUAUGUGGAAAAUGACUGUGUGGUUCACCUGGCUCCCCCGAGUGAGGAGUUUGAGGCGGGCAGCAUCACUUCCGUCUUCAGCAACCGCGCUGUGGUGAAGUACAGCCGGCUGGAGGACGUGCUGCACGGCUGCUCCUGGAAGAUCAACAACAAGCUGGACGGGACGUACCUGCCCUUGCCGGUGGACAAGAUCAUCCAGCGCACGAAAAACAUGGUCAACAAGAUAGUGCAGUACAGCCUGAUCGAGGGCAACUGUGAGCACUUUGUCAACGACCUCAGAUACGGGGUGCCCCGGAGCCAGCAGGUGGAGCACGCCCUGGUGGAGGGAGCGAAGGCUGCAGGCGCAGUCAUCUCAGCAGUGGUGGAGAGCAUAAGUCCCAAACCCUUAACUGCUUGAUGUUGCUACAAAUUCCAAGAGGAGGAAGAGAUCCUGACAGCUACGGAGCCAAGACGUGCCUUUCUUUCUCCUUGCCUGCCUUGCUCGGUGGCCCCAUUUAAGAAGAUUGUGAGUUUCUGGAAAAUUGGAAUGUGUCCAGUUACUUCCUCUGGCAUCUGCCCUGCCCACUAUAGGUGACGUGGACCCUCACACCCUCAGCAUGGGAGGAACUGAUAACCUGCUCUGAAUCUUGCAUGUGCCAAGCACUGUUGGGGCCAUUUCAUGCAUUUGUCUUAUCUUAAUCUUUUGCUUGUUUCCUAGGCCAACUUUGUUUUGUUGCACCGGGAAACCAUCAGAAACGUUCUGGAAACUUCCUUAGCACAUUUCCAGUAAUCAAGAGCCCUCCCCAGGAACUCUUUUCUAGCGUUGUCAGAUGUCUCUACCUUCUUCCAUUUAUCUCAGUCCUGCCCUUUCACACUCACUGUGUCAUUAGGUCAGGAGGCGCAGAGGACGCCAAGAAAAAGAUUGCUCACUAUU